AUGCCUGUGCCGCCACCGCCGCCACCACCUCCACCUCCACCACCUCCACCACCUUCUGGAGGGCCCCCUCCACCACCACCACCACUGGCAAGCUCAGAGAUACCAAAAUUGCGAAAGGAAGACCAAAAAGCACGAAACGCACUCUUGGCUGAUAUCCAGCAGGGAACUCGCCUAAGGAAAGUGACUCAAAUCAACGACCGAAGUGCACCACAGAUCGAAAAACCCAAAGGAGAUAACAGAGAUGGAGGUAACCCAGCUGUUAAUAAAGGUGGCUCUCAGCAGCCUCUGGGAGGUUUAUUUGCUGGUGGCUUUCCUGUUCUCAGACCAGCAGGCCAGAGGGACAUGACAGCAGGGAAGCCCGGGCAGCCCUCCGGAGUCCGAGCAGCAUCCCCCAGACCCUCGGCACCGCCAAGCAGCGGCGCUGCCAAGGCCAGCAGCAGCCCCUCGCACCCGGCCGAGGGCCCGAGGGCCGCGGUCCCACCGGAGCCUCCCGGCACCUCCCGAACCGCAGCGGGAGCGGGCCCCGGGCGGCCCAGCUUGCCCGCCCCCCCUCCACCGCCUCCCGCUUCCAGCAAGCCUUCCCUCACCUUCCCUCCUCCUCCCCCUGUGCCCCCUCCGGCCGAUCGCCCCGCCAAGGGGGUGACCCCCGGCGCUGCUCCCCCGCUCCCUCCCCCUCAGGCUGACAAACCCGCCAAACCUCAAGCAGGCCCUUCGCACCCGCUCCCUCCUCCUCCUCCCCCCCCUCCUCCGCCGCCGGUGCCCCCCUGCAGGCUGCCGGGCAGGGCCGUCGAGGCCUCUGCGGCCGCCCCCGCUCCGGCCGAAGGCAGGGAGUGUCCCCUUCCCACACCGCCUCCUCCUCCUCCUCUUCCUCCUCCGCCGCCACACGCGCCCCCCAACAGGCUCUCGUUUCCCCCCUCCCCGGCCUUCUGCGGUGCCGACUUGCCCCCGCCGCUGCCCCCCAAGGCUCCCCACUUGCUGUCACAGUUGCACAAACCAAGCAACAUCCAGUCGCUGCCGCUCCCGCCCACCCCCGGGCCCCCUCAGCCCGCAGCCGCCGUGGAGACCAGGAAGAAGAGACCCGGCCGAGGCGCAGGAACUGGUGCUGGGAAGCUGGUCACACCUCCACAGCCACCAGCAAGAUCCCCAACAACUGAACUUACAAGCAAAUCUGGAGUCUCAGCCUGGGCUACAGCUCAUGACCCCUACACACCACUUAAAAAUGGAAAUAUGCACAUCAUUGAUGACUUCGAAUCAAAAUUUACUUUCCAUUCUGUGGAAGAUUUCCCCCCACCUGAUGAAUUCAAACCAUUUCAGAAAACAUAUCCUAGCAAGAUAGCCAGAGAUCCCUCUAAAAAUCCUCCAUUAAGAACACACGUGAGAUGA